CUCUCUAGUCAUACAAAGAAAAACCUAAACUGUGUUCAAAAAUUCUACUCGACGGGUAGAGUAGCAUUUAAUUGAUCAAUCAGAAUAAAGAGAACAGAGUAUUAGUGUAGCAAUGCAAUUGAAAAGAACAGACUACAAAAUGGCGUCAUUCAUUUUCUAAGAAAGGAGUCGAUUGGAGUCGAUAUUCCUUGACAUAACAAGAAGAGGUUAACCAACUCAUAAUAAUGUGGUGUAGCAGGUAUAUUCACCUGUGCAAGAGAAUCCUGACAACAUCUAGAACAGCCUCUAGCGUCGCCAAUGUUAAUAAAAAUGUCAACGAGCUAGUGCUGCUGGGUCAGAAAUAUGCAACAGAUGAUUGGACAAACCUCACUUCAAAUAUUAUUACUAAGUUAGGAAGAAAUUUGCAUGUCAAGCAGUACCAUCCACUCUCGCAUUUACGUCAACGUAUUGUGAACUACUUUUACAAACGAUUCCGUAGCAAGAAUGGAACACCAGCGUUUAGCAUCUAUGAUAACAUAUGCCCCAUAGUCACAACUAGUCAAAAUUUUGAUUCCCUUCUUGUACCAAAGGAUCAUCCGAGUAGGAAUAAAAGCGAUUGUUACUUCGUAAAUCAAGACACGCUGCUGAGGGCACACACCACUGCGCAUCAGGCAGAAUUAAUUUCAAUGGGUUUGAAUAACUUCCUCGUUAUCGGAGAUGUAUAUCGGCGAGACGAAGUCGACAGUACUCAUUAUCCGGUUUUCCAUCAGGCUGAUGCAGUCAGGCUGUGUACCUUGCAGGAGUUAUUUCAUGACGUCAAUGAUUCCGUGGGUUUAAAGCUAUUCGAACACUCUGGGGUAGAAACCACUGACAAACAAGGAUGUCACACUUUAGAAGCAGUAAAGAUAAUGGAACAGGAACUAAAAAGUACCCUAUUUGGUCUAGCACAAGCUAUCUUUGGGAAAGAUGUGCAAUGCCGAUGGGUUGACCAGUACUUCCCAUUCACUCAUCCAUCCUGGGAGUUAGAAAUAUUGUUCGACGAUAAGUGGCUCGAGAUAUUAGGUUGCGGUAUCAUGCGCCAAGAGAUUCUUCAGAAAGCCGGUGCCGUCGAUCGGAUCGGAUGGGCGUUCGGUCUUGGCUUGGAACGUUUGGCCAUGCGCUUAUAUAGUAUACCGGACAUACGAUUAUUUUGGAGCCAAGAUAUCAGUUUCAUAAAUCAGUUUAAAGUAGAUAAUCCUGACGCGCAUAUACAAUAUACGCCGAUAAGUAUAUAUCCUUCUUGCACAAACGACAUAAGUUUCUGGUUACCAGAAGACGAAAGUUAUUCUCCCAACGACUUCUACGACAUAGUUCGGGAAAUAGGCGGCGAUAUCAUUGAUCAAAUUAUUCUGAAAGACCAGUUCGUUCAUCCAAAGACAAAAAGAACGUCUCACUGUUACACUAUAGUGUACAGACACAUGGAACGCACCUUGACUAAGAAGGAAGUCAAUAUGCUUCAUCGUCAAGUGGAAAAAACAGCGACUGAUAAACUAAAUGUGAUGGUUAGGUAAAGUUAAAAAUAAAACGCUUUCUUAACGAAAA